AGGGGCAUGCUGUGAAUGAAUGGAGAAGGGGGCUGCAUUCCUGGGCCGGGGCUUAGUUGACUCAGUUGAGUGGUAGUGUGCAACAGGCUGUGAGAGUGUGUAUGUGGUGAGAGUGUGCGUGAAUAUAAGGGAGUGCAGCGCAACAACCAACCUCACAGCUAAUUAGUUCAACCCUUGACAAAAGUUGGGCCAGCCAGUGAAGAGAACCCCUGGGGGCUCCACAUACUGCUCUGGAGGCUAGAGAGGAGAAGGCUAAUAGGGAUGGAGCUUAACUGAUGUUUUGAACUUCUCCGGAGCAUGUGAGAGCUGGAGACGGAGAAGGAGGAUUGCUGCGGGACGUGUGGGACUAGCAGUUGGAGAUCAUGUCUGGACCAGAUUCUGAUGAUGACAGAGCCUUCAAAGACUUGAAUGUUGUGGGAAUGCUUCACCAGUUUUGGGAGCAGAAGCAAAUGAAAAGCAUGAUGAUGGAGACAGAGAAUCUGGUAGUCUAUGAGUCCAUUCCCUCACCCGGCCCUCCCUACAUAUGCUACGUCACCUUACCAGGUGGCAGCUGCUUCGGAAAUUUGAAGUACUGCUACAGUAAAGCAGAGGCCAGACGUGAUGCAGCUCGUAUUGCUCUGAUGAACUCCACAUUUAAUGAGUUGCCCUGCCGCCGUAUCACUCCCGAGUUCAUAUCACGCAGCGUGAAGGAAGCCGUCAGCACCACUAGCGGUAACAUUGCAGAUGCAUCUGACCCCGGUACCAGCAUAGGAGCAUACUGUCUCAUGCUGGAGUUGAACACUGGGAAAACCAUGCUGGAAUUUCAGGAAAUUAUGACUGUUUUUCAACUUCUGCACUGGAAUGGCACUCUGAAGGCUUUUCGGGAGAUGAGAUGUAGCCGCCAGGAGGUGAUCCUCUACUACUCCCAGCAGCGUCUGGACGAGCGUACGCGCAGCCACAUGGCUCUGGACUGGUUACAGAAGGAGCAGGAAUCCCCCGGCCUGCUCUCCCAGGAGCUGCAGCUGGCCAUGAAGGAGCUGGGGGAGGCCCGGAGAAUCGGCAGGGAGCUCCGUUUCUAUAAAGAGAAGAAAGAAAUCCUGAGCUUAGCUCUCAGUCACGCUAAUGCUGAGGAUCUGGAGGAUUACCACAGUGAGGAGAUGUCCUGGAGAGAAGAGACUGAGUAUGAGUACUACGCUCAGGAGGGACACUGUCUGGAGGGGAGUAUGACCAAUACUUCAGAGCACUGUCAGUUUCACUCUCAGGAGAGUGAUGGAGAAUCCAUGGAGUGAGCUCUGUGAGACAAAAUGUAAUGCACAUACUGUUCUUUUUUUAUUUUUACAUUUUUUUUAAUCAUGUGGUAUCAAUAUAGCCUUUUCAGUCUUCUUUCAUACGCUCUUAAAAAUACAGGUUCCAAAAUGUGAUUUUCAAAGCGAAGGUAUAGAAGAACAACUUUGGGUUCCCCAAAGAAACUUUCAAUGAACAGUUGUUUAAGAAAACAUCUUUUCUUAUUGUGAAGAACGUUUUAAAAAUCUGAAGAACCUUUUUUUGACCGCAAAGAACCUUUUGUGCAAUGGAAAGUUUUAACACACGGAAUCACAGAUGCCAUUAAAGAACUGUUUUUUAGUCUAAUAUGAGAUAGGCUACUAUAUGUAGCCCAUAUUCUUCAUUUCCUGUGCAUUUUAACACAUAAAAAUGGCAAUAAAAUUGGUUGUAUCUAAAAAAAACAUGCUGAUGCUAGUUUUACAAAUAUUUAGAGAGUAAAUAUCUGCACGAUUACGUUUUUAUUUGUCGUCGGUUUGAUAUUCUUCUAGUCUGUCAGUAGAGGACGCUGUUUCUCUACUUUUGUAAAGAAGUGUCUGUCUUAAUUUAACAGGACAAAGCGCUAACAACACUGUCAUUAUUCAUUAUUCGUUGUCGUUCUUGACUGGAACUGUGAUUAGCUCUUUUUUUUUAUUCCAAACAAAUGCACACCUAAUCAGCUUCUAUUGAACAUUUGCUAAUUAAAAUCGUUCCUUUGUGGAAGUAAUUGUGAAUAAAUGUUGGAUAUGUUUGCAAUGUUUUGAUUAUAAUGGUAACCCUGACUAAUGUCCAUAAUAAUGGCUUUCUGUGUUGACUAGAAUGUAUAACAUGAU